UCAAAACGGCCAAGCGCAAAAAAAGAUGAAAGAGUCAAAAAAUUUAACCAACAAGCUUUUCGAAUCUCGAGAAAUUACACUCAAUGUUAGUCCUAUUGCGGUUAUAUCCUUAUUCAUACUACUUAUAUCUAUAGGGGUUACUUGGGACAAGUAUAGGCAGCAAGUUACUUGUCAAGUAUUAAAUAAUGGAUGUGAAGACAAAAUCUCGUGGAUCUCUAUUCCUGAUCAUAAAAACGCUGAAAGUUAUCUUUCGUUAGAUAAUGGUGCUUUCGUUUACCGUCAUAUAUAUAUGGACGAAUUUGAAAAGGAAUUUAAAGUAAAGCCAUUAGAUUUUCCGGUUAUUGAUUCGGAUAUUGCUGAUUAUCUUGCAAGGCAUAAUCUUAGAUUCAGAUUAUUAAACAAUACUGAAAUUGAUCAAGAGUUAGUUUCAAAUAUUCUUUCACAGUCAGAGAAGUAUGCUCCUUUGAUAGAUGACGCAAAAUAUAAGGUCGGGAAUGGAACAUAUGUUGAUGAUGGACGAGUAUAUAUUCCUUGGGAAUUCAAUUUUCUUGUGGAUGUUUUGGAUGAUGAUGGCGAAAAAGUGAGAGUUUGUGUUGAUGGCAAAAAUAUGGGAAAUUAUAUGCGAUUCGCUAAUCAUCGUGACAGGUAG